AUGAAAAAAGAAUCAUUUGAAAAAUCACUCACAAGUACCACAUCAAUGAUUCCAAGACCAGAAAAAAUAAAAUUUAUUAGAAACGUAAGUUCUUCUCGUAAUCCAACAAGAGAAUUUAAACAAAAUGUAGAAAAAUCAAAACAACAUCCUGUAUCGGCGGGUAACGUCAAACAAAUGCGUACUAAAAAAAUAACGAAUUUUAAAAAUUCGCCAUCCUUAACCGUAUUAAACAUAAAUUCGUUAGAAUAUAAACUAUGUAACGAUUUGAAAGAAUUCAAACAAAACGUGUUGAAAAUACCCGAAUUUUGGUCUGAUGCCGAUCAAACGGUUAAAAAUAUAUUAAAAAAUACCGUGGGAAUCGUGAGCAAACAAUAUCCGACAGCAAAUGUCGAAUCGUUUGAAGCUGAAGUUCAAAAUAUACUCAAAGCUGCUGAAGUUGUAAAAAAAGAUAUUUUGACAAAAACCGAAGAUAUUAUUAACAGAGCUAAUAAAAUAUACGAAGGAAACGAAUUUUGUGGUCCAUCAGAUCAAGAAAUGAAAAUGAUUGCGGAAAAAAUGGAAGAUAUAAGAAUGAAUGUAAAUGCUAAAAAUGUUUUUAAUGAUUUAUUAAAAUAUGGUAAUGAAAUAAAUCAAAAAAUGGAAGAUGAGAAAAAUAAUAAAAUAAAUAAAAAAUUAGAAAAUGGUUGUUUGAUAACCAAUAAUAAUAAUAACAAUAACACGAAUAGGAAAAAAAAUAAAACGUCAUCAUCUUUAAAAAAUAAUAAUAAUAAUAAUAAUAAUAAUCAUGAUAUUUCACAUAUGCAAUCUUGUGGUGAUAUACUUAGACAGGGUGCAAGAACGGUUAUUAAAUUAUUAAACGAUACAGAUGGUAAAUCGAUAGAAAAUGUAAUAAUGGAAAAUAAAUCGUGUCAAACGAUAAGCACGUGGAUAAUAGAUAUGGAAAAAAAAGAAGAAUCGUUGAGAGUUUUAAAUAAUCAAAUAUUAGAAUUACAUAAUUUAUGUAAAGAUCACAUAAAUAAAUUCAAGAGUUUUAAUUUUCAAAUAAAACUAAGGGGAAUGUGUAACAAAUCGCAUAACGUUUUACCGACAAAAGACGGGAUUGGAAAAAAUAAAUGUACAUAUUUAAAUAAAGAUUUUGAUUUUCCAAUAAUAAAACAAAGGGAUGUUGAUUUAAAUAAAAAAAAUAAACUCAUAAGUCAACAAAAAAAAUUACUACACGUAAGAGAUGAAUUAAUUGAUAUGCUCAAAAAUAGAUGCAACGUUGAAGUUAAAGAAAUAUGA